CCCUGCGGUUUGGCUGCGCCCCCAACAAGACUCGGCGAGCGCCGCGAUGGAGUCGAGAUACGGUCAAUGGUUGAUAGCUGCCCAGGUCCUCCGUUGUGGAUGCAGUGAUUGGCUGGUCAACACCGGGCUUCGGGUCUGAGAGAUGGACCAACACCAUGCCUGACUCACUUGCAGCCAUUCCCGCAGAAUCGAUAAUUGGCUUACAGGGGCCCGAUAUAGCAUUGCACAUUCCAAAUACAGCUCCUGCAUUGCCAAGUUCGGGGAUGGUGUGGCCGCGAAAGUCUGAGGCGUCCGAGGAUCGAGUAGGCAGACGUGCGAGCGUGGGCUCAGCUGGCCCCUUGUCCGAGAUCGCUACUACCGCUCACGAUGCGGAAUUUGGGGGUCUCAUCGAGGCCCCGUUCAGUCAUAAUCUCGUCGCGCUGCUGCCCUCAAAUUUAUUAUCCCCAUCACUUCCGACCAGCAUGCCUUCACAAGCUUCUCCGGGCCUGACGAUGUUCGCGACAGAACAAGUGCGCAACGACCUGACUAUUCAUUUCUACGAUCCCCACGCCAACAAGACCCCUCGAUCGCAGACGCCUCGCCCGCCUCCAGUACGACCACCGCUUGAUAUUGCAAGGAGAGCUCACGAGUCCAACGCGGACGUUCAGAAUGGGGCUCGUGAGGAUGAGCUUGAGCUCGCCGCUGGCAGAACGUCAGUCGCGGCAGUGCCACAGCGAUGUGAUGACUGCGAAGGCGGAAGUGCCUCGUCCAUGCCGUGCAUUCCAAUGGAAACUGCCCAUACUCUCGCACCACUCACGACCACUGUGAGCUCACAGUCUGAAGAGCAGGACAGGUCACACCACUCACCGUCACAGGUGUCUGUGCCGAAGAGUCCGAUUCCUGGAUGGCGUUGUUGGACAAGCGGUGACACUUCUCGCAUAUCGUCUGUGCAGGCGACAACCCCCGUCAGCAGCAUCUCGCGCAGUGCCGAUGAAGUGGAUUGCGGACUGGGAAAACGCCAAUCAGUCCGCGCACAUGCUCACACGACGAGCCGACUUGGCAGGUCAAACGGAUCGUCGGGCGAAGUCGCGGAUUUCUCGGAGAAACGAUAUAUUUGGUAGAGUGGAAGCGCACGUGGGAGCCCGUGUCUGGGCUGAGCGGUUGUGCUGACGCCAUCGCCGAGUAUGAAGAAUCGCAAGCACGGCGCACUAUCGCUGCCAGCCAGAUCAAUCACAUGUAGCACAGCGGGCCCGGCGAUCUCUGGUGAUGCUACUCGAUAAAUCUCACGUAGCAUUGGA